AGGGCUGAGAUUCCGUGUUACCCCCACUUCCUAGAUGCACCACGUUUUCAUGCAGCCUGCCAGUUCUCCCCACCACAUUUAAAUUGCCCCCCACUUCGCAGCCGCUACUGCAUCGGCAUGCGGUCUUCGAAUUCGUAAACGUCAAACAGUAACCCUCCACACCCUGACCGGGUCGUCACCAGACAAGGUGAUCACCCCAUCGCGAAGUUUCUGGGACGAUCGAAAAUCGCUGUGUUCAUCGAACAUUUUGUAAAUAAAUUUUUGACUCUGUGAAUAAGUUUUUUGAAUAUCGAUAUCCGAUUUUUCGAAAUGUGCUUCACUGUUAAUCGAGUUACGAUUAUUGAUUAACAUCUAAAAUAAUCUACGAGGAGGGCGAGAACGAAGCAAAAUUCAACGAAAACGUUGUCGUCGAUUAAAAUAAAACUAUUUUUUUAAUUAUUUGUGUUACGUUUUUCAUUCUUCAUUUUAAUAUACAUACAUAGAUUAAGUUUUGAAGUGUGUGCGUGUUUCCUUAAUAUUUUUAAUACUCAUUGUCGGUGUGAAGUUGCGGAAUUUACACCCGCUCGCGCAUGUAUCAACGAUCCACAUCAUGCGGGGAUAAUAAUAAUACGUGUGAAAAAAGUCGACCUUAAUUAAUUGUCAGGAGAGACGAUUAACAUAUAAUUACGGCUGAACAAAAAUUGCAAAUUGUUAUAAAUGGUGGAUUACUACAGCUACAAAAUGUCAGGAAGCGAGGAAGAGUUCGAGCCUCAAAUGUCCCAAGCCGGAAUGUCGAAGGCUGAACUACGAAGGAGCAACAAGCCAAUAAUGGAGAAGCGAAGAAGGGCGAGAAUAAACCAAUGUCUGGAUGAAUUGAAGAGCUUGAUCCUCGAGGCAAUGAAAAAGGAUCCGGCGCGGCACUCCAAGUUGGAAAAAGCUGACAUCCUGGAGAUGACGGUGAAACACUUGCAGACGGUACAACGUCAGCAAUUGACGACAGCGGUGGCCACGGAUCCGGCAGUUCUGACGAAAUUCAGAUCGGGUUUUUCGGAAUGCGCCACCGAAGUGUCGAGAUACGUCAGCCACUUGGAGAACGUUGAUCCCGUCGUGAGACAGCGUUUGGUGUCGCACCUGAAUAGCUGCGUGUCAAACCUACAGCAAAUGGCACCUUUCUACAGUCAUUACGUCCCUUAUAUGCCCGAACGAGUGUUUCCGGAAGUGAAAGUUGGCUUUCAGAGCGACUUUCAGAGCGGCGACGAGAACAAUAACGGAAGUGCGAGGAUCCAAAUACCCAGCGGUGUUCAACUGAUACCGAGUCGUCUACCGAACGGCGAAUUAGCCCUUCUCGUUCCACAAUCGGCGGGCAUAUCGGCGAACUUUCCAUUUUUUCCACCGGCAAACGAAGCCUCGUCGAGAAUCGGACCCUCCUCAGCUUUCACCGCCGUACACAGAUCGCACAGCCCUCUGCUCAGCCCUUCGACUUCUACGUCGAGCUUCGGCGAGGAGAGUCACCACUCCGAGAAUUAUCCCCAGGCUAAUUCGCCCGGGAAUAAUUUAUUCAAGGUUCCCGAUCAGAGCCCGCCCUCUUCGUCGUCGAAGAGUUUCUCAUCGCCGGAAACACAGAAGGCUCAGAUCAGUUCGUCCAGCGACAGGAAAUCUCCGAUUUCCUCGUUCGCGGAGGUCAAGGUAGACGUAAAGACGGUUGCGCUCGGAUCGAAAGCUUCGAAAGCGGAAAUACCGGAACCGAUAUCGGCUAUGAACGUUGGCUCAUCUCUUCCAGCUCUGAGACUCCCGUUAUCAGUGAUUACCGAUAGAUCUUACAACCGGAACUCCAUCUACACCCGAAGAGAAACCCUGAAACGUCCAUACUCGGAGAGUCUGUUGGCCAUAUCCGACAAAAGACCGAAGUACUACGAGGCUUCGAGUUCAACCGCUUCGGUGAACGUUCCUUCGACCACUUUUUCAACAGCCAAAUCGACCGGGGAUCGCGAAACUCCAACUUCCGUCGAAGAUCUUUCGAGUAAACCUUCCUCUUCGGCUGGUCCCAGCUCGCGCAACGAUAACGACGAAUGUGCCAGGGGACCGGGAGGAAACGGUGAUAUGUGGAGACCGUGGUAAAUUUUUGCUGAAAUAUUUGAUCAGGGGCGGGUCAUCUCAUCGAUUCGAGAAUGGGGAAAAGAAGAAAGAAGAAACCCUCGAAGUAUGGGGCGCCAUUCAAUUUUAGAGACGAUAUUACAGUGACUUAGUUAAUUAGUGGCGAAGCCCGUGUACCUUUAGAUUUAAGUGACAUGAUUUUUUACGUUGACUGUUUAAACUACUUAUUGUUAAGAUGCGAGUCAUGGUAUGUAAACGUAGAAGUAAAAAUUGGAUAUUUUUACGCAGAGUGAAAAGAAAGCUGAAUACAUAUUUUUUGGUAAAUCUUUUGACAAGGAUUGCGAAUAUAGUGAAACUUGGACAUGCGUUAAUCGUGCGUUCUCUCAAUUUAAAGACUAAAAUCAGCUUUAAAGUAUCGUUAGUCUAACGCCUUAAGUGUAAAUAGCUUUUGUAAAUAAUUAUAUCUAUUUUACUACAUACUUUAACUUAAUGUAUUAGAACUUAAAAUUAAUUACGUUGUUCAAAAAUAUGUUUCCCAAAUGAUCCGAAGCGGUCAGUAUUUUCAACCAAUGUAGUAUUAUGACUUUGUGAUAAAUAUUGUAACUCUGUUGAAAUUAAUAAAGAUUUUUUC